AUUUUUCUUCGAUUUUGUGUGCUAUUUCUUUUUGUUUGUUUCUUUGGUUAAUAAAAUUUAUAAGCAGAGACUUUACAGAACUCAUAGUAAUAAAGUGCGUAACCAGAAUAAAGUGUAACAGAAUGAAAAUUUUCUGUGUGAACAGUGCAUUGCGCAAAACUGUUAUUUCAUAAACUGCGUGAGUGUGUAUUUAUUAUCAAAAGAUUGCCUACUUAUGGCGACCGUCGAGACUGACGUUGUUGACAAUCCAAAUCAACAAUCAUCAGAUGAGAAACAUUUAGAAACUUCACAACAGGAAGUAGAGAAAAAAAAUUCCAACGAGAGUGAUGCUACUGGUGGGGUGAGAACAGGUCGUUGUAAGUGGUUCAAUGUCCUUAAAGGAUUUGGAUUUAUCGUUCCUGAAGAUGGUGGCCAGGAAGUGUUUGUUCAUCAGAGUGUCAUCAAAAUGGGAGGAUUUCGAUCGCUAGCACAAGAUGAAUUAGUCGAAUUCGAAUGUAAGGAAAGUGAAAAAGGUUUAGAAGCAACACGUGUCAGUGGACCAUCACAAGCUGAAUGUCAGGGAUCAGACUUUAAACCAAAACCAAAGAAACGAUUCAGGAAAGUUCGAUGCUAUAACUGCGGAGAAUUUGCAAAUCAUUUAGCGAAAAAUUGUGCUGAAGGUUCAUUGCCCAAACGUUGUCAUCAUUGCAAGAAAGAAGAUCACCUUGUAGCUGAUUGUCCACUCAAAGAGGAAAAGCAAGAAAAAUCAGAAAAAUCUGUAGGUGAAACUGAAGGUCCUUCAUCUUCAGAACAAAAGAAUUAAAUGUUUUCAAUUUUCUUUUUUCUUCUCUGCUUGCUUUCAUUGGAUUUUUAACGAACUUUUUUAAAAACUUCAGAGACGCAAACUCUCAAAGAAAGAUGGCGCAAAAGUCUCUUCAGUGUGUCAUUGAACUUUAAUGAAAAAAAAUUUAUUUUUGUAUAUACCUGUAAACUUAGGAAGU